AUGGAGGAUGAGCUGGCCAACAAGCGAGGGCGGGUCGAGCCAGAACCGCAAGAGCCUCCGGCGAACAUGGACUUCAUUAGCAGCCUCCCUGACGAGAUGUUGGUAACCAUCAUAUCCCACCUCCCAAUCAAAAAUGGUGUGCGGGCCACUAUCCUCUCGCGGCAGUGGUGCCCCCUCUGGCCCACCACUCCCCUGGACAUCAUCGUCGACCACGAGUUCUGCAGCGGGGAGCAGCAACGUCUGGACGCAUUGUCCCACGUCCUCGCCACACACCUUGGGCUGGUCAGACGCCUUGCUAUCGGCAGGCUCAAUCCCCACAACAAGAUCGAACCCAGAUUGCACUACUGGUUCCUAUCCCUAGCCCUGGAUCGGCUCGAGGAGCUCAACCUACAUGCUAGACAUCCUUGCUCGCUGCCGCCGUCCGUGCUCCGCCUCGCGCCCACGCUGCACCGCGCUACAUUUAGGCGGUGCAUUUUCCCCCGGAUCGAUGUCACACGCACUCUUCAUCUUCCUAAACUUAAGCACCUCGAGCUCAUUGCCAUCCGCAUCUGGAAGGAGGAUUUGGAGCGCCUGCUCAUCGGCUGUACAACGCUCGAGUACCUUCGUCUUCAUGCGAUGGAUGGGUUCAGUAGCCUCCACAUCACCUCGACGAAUGUUCGUGCGAUUUAUGUGCAUUGCUGGCGCCGCCCAUGGCUGCUAGUUGAGGUGUUUCAUGAUAUUGUCAUUGAGAAUGCGCCUUUCCUCGAGAGAUUGUAUGUACUUGAUAAAUUAGGUCCAGCAAGAAUCAGGGUCAUUCACGCACCGAAAUUGAUAGUGUUGGGCUAUUCGUGUGCUGAAUUCAACGAACUUGUUACUGGAUCAUUAUCCAUUCAGAAAAUGAUUCCCACAAGCUUGACCCGGCCUCUGCGCAUAGUGAAGAUCUUGGCACUACAAUCUGUCAGCCCCGAUCUGGAUGAAGUUGUUAGAUUCCUUAGAUGCUUUCCUGGCACGGAGAAGUUAUACAUCAAGAUACUAGCAGGCCCGAAAGUAAAUCUCACAGAAAUUACUUUUAACGAGUACCGAUGCACCACACCAGAAAUUAAAUUUGCCAGGUUCUUUGUUGAGAAAGCAAGGUUGCUCAAGGUAAUGAGGUUUGCCCUAUAUUUAGUACACAGAAGUGAACGGAUUGCUAAAGACGCAGGCGUCUACAGCUGA